UGAGUUUCGGAGCCCUUACGCCAGGUUCUCCCCGGAGCUUCUUCACUCCCUCCGUUUCAGGUCCCCUGCCACUCAAUUCAGAAACAAGAUCGUUAACGGCUAAGACCGGCCGGAUUGUGCAUCAUCAACAAGGAUGUAAAAAAGUUCUGGCAUUGCAAAUAAAUGCAAUGCAGCGUUUAGCUAAAAAACCGUGAGUCCAGUGGUUUAUCUGAAGUGCAAAUAUAAAUCAGGAGCAAUAUAUCCACAAUAUUUACUUGCACAAGUAUGUCAAAGAACAUUUUCGUUUGUUUUGCAAGAAACUCUUCUAUUCUGCCCAAAUGAAUUUACUUUCAAAAACAUUUUCGUGUCGAAUUCGCUCCGUUCUCAGAACGUCAUAUUUCGCUCAAACAUCUCAAUUACUACAUUUCUCCAAGAAAGUUGAAUCAGACUUCGAGAAAUCAACAGAGGGCCUUUUUCGAUGCUCAGCGAACUACGUUCCUCUUUCUCCUAUAAGCUUCUUAGAGCGAGCAGCACGUGUUUAUGGAGAGAGAACAUCUGUUGUUUAUGGGGGUGUCCGGUUUACAUGGAGAAAAACGCUAGAACGAUGUGUCAGGCUUGCUUCUGCUCUGACCCAGAAGGGGAUUUCCCGAGGGGACGUCGUUGCUGCACUGGCCCCCAACAUCCCAGCAAUAUAUGAGCUGCAUUUUGGUGUUCCAAUGGCUGGAGCUGUUCUUUGUACACUUAACACACGGCACGAUUCAGCCAUGCUAUCUUCUCUUCUAAGGCACUCAGAGGCCAAGAUGAUCUUCGUAGAUUACCAAUUACUUGAAGUUGCCCGUAGAGCAGUUGACCUUCUCUCCAAGACAAGCCAAAAGCUACCUCUCCUGGUUGUAAUCCCUGAGUCUGAUAUCCCAUCCACGACUGUUGGUAACAUGAAUUUCACUUCUGAUAACUUGGAAUAUGAAAGCCUCCUAGACAUUGGCAAACCUGAUUUUGAGAUUAGACGGCCAAAGGACGAAUGGGAUCCUAUAACCUUGAAUUACACUUCAGGCACAUCGUCAAGGCCCAAAGGAGUGCUCUAUAACCACAGAGGUGCCUAUCUUAAUUCACUUGCGACAGUUUUUCUCCAUGGUAUGGGGCCAAUGCCUGUUUACCUAUGGACCGUGCCCAUGUUCCACUGCAAUGGUUGGUGCCUCAUUUGGGGAGUGGCUGUUCAGGGUGGCACUAACAUAUGCCUUAGAAAGGUAUCACCAAAGGGCAUAUUUGACAGUAUUGUUCUCCACAAGGUAACCCAUAUGGGUGGCGCACCUACUGUCUUGAACACAAUUGUGAAUGCAGCUGCCAGUGAUCGGAGGCCACUUCCACAUAAAGUUGAAGUUAUGACAGGUGGUUCACCUCCACAUCCACAUAUCCUGUCCAAGAUGGAAGAACUGGGUUUUGGUGUAUCUCAUCUAUAUGGCCUAACAGAAACUUAUGGUCCAGGGACCGUUUGCACUUGGAAACCCGAGUGGGAUUCUUUGCCUCCCAGCCAAAGGGCGAAGAUCAAAUCCCGCCAGGGGAUAUACCAUGUUGGGCUGGAGGAGGUUGAUAUAAGAGAUCCCAUCACCAUGAAGAGUGUACCUCCAGAUGGGAAAACAAUAGGGGAGGUGAUGUUUAGAGGUAACACUGUGAUGAGUGGAUACUUCAAAGAUUUAAAAGCUACUGAGGAAGCUUUUAGUGGUGGUUGGUUCCGAAGUGGAGAUCUUGGGAUAAAACAUGCUGAUGGAUAUAUAGAGUUGAAGGACCGAUCAAAGGACAUUAUCAUUUCAGGGGGAGAGAAUAUAAGUUCAAUCGAGGUUGAAUCGGUAUUAUUCAGUCAUCCAGCAAUUCUUGAGGCUGCAGUCGUAGCUCGACCCGAUGAUCACUGGGGGGACACGCCUUGUGCCUUCGUGAAAUUAAAGGAAGGAAAGAACGCCAGUGCCGAAGAGAUUAUCAAAUUUUGUCGCGAUCGUCUACCACAUUAUAUGGCCCCUCGAACUGUUAUAUUCGAGGAUUUGCCGAAGACUUAUACGGGAAAGACACAAAAGUUUGCCCUCAGGGAAAAAGCGAAGGCCAUGGGCAGCCUUACCAAAGGGAAUGCCAACAAGAAUUGAGGUUUAAAGCUUUUGGAGUUUGAUAUUUCUGUGUCGUUUUUUUAUAUUGAUUCUGACUAUUUCAAGUUUCUAUUCAACUCAGAAUGAAACUAACUUGUGACUUGUGCGAGUUGAUCUGAUCCUUCAAAAGUUUGUUCGAGUCUUGAGCAAAAGAGCGGUUCCGAAUCUUCUGAUUA